GCCAGCGGUUGAAGUAAACACACAACAAGAUGGCAUCGCACCGGGGAGGAGGCGAUAAAGGCAAUACUGCAGACCAGAUAGUGGAAGUAGGAACUGUUUUGUUACAAGAUUUCAUCUACGAGCGAGUUCAGCGGCAUGGAAAUGGAAACACUGCAGUGACCAGGGCACAGCUGGGUGGAGGAGGAGUGCUCGACCCUAAAUACAAGAAGCUUGGCCAGUGCCUGCAGCAGAUUGGAGAUGAGCUGGAUGGAAAUGUAGAGCUUCAAAGGAUGAUGGAUGACUCCCAGCUCAAUCCCUCAAAAGAUUUGUUUAUGAAAGUUGCCAUUGAGAUCUUUGCAGAUGGAAAAUUCAACUGGGGCAGGGUGGUUGCACUGUUCUACUUUGCCUGUCGACUCGUCAUCAAAGCUCUGGUGACCAAACUUCCUGACAUCAUCAGAACAAUAAUCAGCUGGACUAUGGACUACCUUCAGGAAAAUGUGAUCAACUGGAUCAGGGAGCAAGGUGGCUGGGAGGGUAUUCGGUCCCACUUUGGCACACCCACAUGGCAGACAUUGGGAGUGUUCUUGGCCGGUGUUCUCACCACUGUUCUAGUGAUUCGCAAAUUGUGAGGGAUAUGUGAAGAGAAGAAUGGAAAGAAUCGCCCGAGAAGAAUGGGGACGGGAACACGAAAGAACGUCUGAAAGCAUACAGAAAGCAGUGAACAAGUCGAACAGGACGAGCUUGUAUUUAGACACGAAGGGCAUCUCUUUGUUUCUGCCCCCUUUCAUUUCCAAGGAUUUGGAGUAAGACAGUAAGCACUUUCUCACCCGUUAUCCUAAUGCCAUUGAGGAAGUGAGCGGAGCAUGAUGCACAAAAUGGGGAGGUGAAAAUGUUGUCAGGACUUAAACAGGGAAUGCAUUUUAUGUAAUUUAUUUUUUAUUCGGUACAGGCAAGAAAUGUCACUGCUUCUGUUUUUUUCUGCCCUUAAAGAUAUACGGACUGAACAUGUUAUUUUACGUUUUGCUAAAUUUCCUUCGGUUUUAUUUUUUGUUCCACUCGGAUUGUUUAUCUUCCUUUUCCCCCUCGCCAUCCACCUCAUCAUGGUCUCUGUAUGCUAGAGAAUCAGUCUUCAUAUGUAUUUGUGAGUGUUAACCGGUGCUAAUCUGCUAUGAUCGGCUGGAAAGUUUUAUAUUCACAUUGGGUAAAAAGAUGUUUUUGCAAACAAUUAUUAGAUAAUAUAAAGAAAAAUUACACAUCCAAUAAUAUUUGGGCUACAAUUACCAUAUGAUUGUUCCCCUUUAAGGCACAGCUCAACAUUUAAGUGGUUUUCAAAAGUGCCACAAGAGAGAGUCGUGUACAAAGUCAUGUUUGCAUUAACCAUGACUAAUCACAUGAUCUCGGCAAAACUCCUAUCUUCUGUAACAUUCAAUCAUAUGAUAUGCUCCAUUUGGGUCUUUCAACCAGCAUUGUGACCUAAUGUGCCACAUCUCGUGAACAUUUCCUGAGGCCUAUUAAAUAUGUUGCACUGCAGACACAGAAAGUGCUGGAUGCUCACAGAUGCUUACCUCAUGUCACACAUAUUCAAAAGUACUGUACGUUUACUUGAGAUAUUCAGACCACAAUCUUAUCUACAGAGCAAAACAUUUUUUAUACAUACUUCUUGUUUGUCAGUGCCUUGGUGUUUGGCUUUUCUUCUUUUUUACUAUGAAAUCACUUUGAUGAAUUUUUCACGUCUUUCUAUUACAUUUGUAAAGCUGAAAUUAGUUUCCAGUCCUCCCUGAAAAUCUUUUUGCUUGUCUGUUGUAAUAUGGAAAAUAAAUCUUUUAACUCUUGA